GCACAGGCAGCAGAGUGUUUACAAAGGUUCCGCUGUAAGCUUUGUUUACAAAACAUGCAUUGUCACAAUGCAAAGUAAUGUUUAUGCUAUCGUAGUAUUAUAUACAUAAGUUAAGAUAUGGGCGAAGACAAAAAGAAAUGGUUUGGAAUUCCUGAUUUUGUCCCUUCUGUGCGUUUACCGCCAGUUAGGCAAACGAUAUCAAAUGUUUUAUGGAGAUCAAACAAGAAGGACCAAGAAUGUUUCGAUAUAAAUGGAUUAAACGUAAAGAUUACCAACAACACUAAACUGUCGUUUGAAAAAGUUGAACAUUUUGUUGAUGACUUUAUUGAAGUUUUUGUGCCGGAGAAACUGGACGAUUUAUACAGGAUAAGUAAUGAAAUAAAGACUGCUCACCGUUUAGAAAAUAAUGAAGAACUCGGCUGCAAAUACUCAGAAGCAGAUGAAAUAGUACAAUGUCUUCGUAAAAAAGUCAUGGAUGUUGAAAGAGUCCGAGUUCUCCUCUUGGAGGAAGAGAUUGAUGACUUAGAUCUCAGAGUUCAUCCAGCAAAGAUAAAAGUCCGACAAGCGAUUGUGGAUUUUAUGAAAAGCAGCAAAACCAAGCCAGUUAACAUGGACACAAACCAUGUCACGUAUAAUGCUACACACUGUAGGUCUCCCAAUGCAAGAGACUUAAUGAGUUUUUUGUCAUCGGAUAAUGAACAAUGCAGUGAAGUACAAACAACCUCUUUUACUGAAAUGUCUGACAUUGAUAUUGCAAUACCAGAGCAAGAUACUAUGGAAGUUUUGCAUUUAAAUGAUGAUGGGAUAAAUAUUGAAGCUGUUGAAAGGUUAAACCAGGACUUAAUGGAACUCCAUGCACUGAUGAAUGACUUGCACACAGCUGUACACAGUCAAGGUGAAACUGUAGAUACAAUAGCUGAACAUAUAGAAGAUGCUUCCGACAAUGUGGAGAUAGGAAAACAACAGCUCAAGAAAGCUACACUUUUAAAAGCCGCUAUGUUCCCUGUACUGGGUGCUGUUAUAGGUGGUGCAGUAGGAGGCCCCAUUGGGUUUGUGGCGGGCAUGAAAGUUGGAAGUAUAACUGGUGGUGUGGCAAUGGCUGGAGUGACGGGGACUGUCAUUGGAUACCAGGGUGGAAAAUAUGUGAAGAAAAAACAAACGGUGGAAGAAAUUCCACUCAAUGAUAUGGAACCUUUAAAGGACAGAUAAUAAAUCUUGGAGACAUGUUUAACCUAAAAAAGAUAUUUGUUGUGCUAUUUUCUUGCUAUUUAAAAUAAACACUCACUGUAAUGUUUUAAAACAGUGGUUCUUAAA